AUGUCCAAUUACGGUUACGACCCUCGAGGAGCUCCUCAACGACCACCACAAAGAGGAUACGGUGACGACAACUACGGUCAACGAGAUGCCGCUUUUUCCAACAUCUUCGGCGCGGCUCCUCCUCCUGGUCGGUCUCAAACUAUGACUUCGUCGUCCUCCAUGCCGCAGUCCAUAAUGGACCCUGGUCGCACUCAGACCAUGUCCUCCAUGUCCUCCGGUAUGCAGAGGCAGCCACCGCCUCGUGCUCCCCCAGGCCAUUAUGGCGACCACCCGAACGCCGGCAGAACUCGGACGAUGGAUAGCAAUAGUAUGAUGGGAAAUGGUUAUUAUCCUUCUCAGCGAUCAGCAUCCGGUGGCCAGCAAAUGCCACCUCAUUAUAUGCAGCAACAGCAGCAGGCGAGACGUCCAUAUCCCGGACCUGGGCCUGGAGGGCCGGCACCUCCGCGAAUGGAUCCAAGAGGCCCCCCACCGCAGCAAGCUCCUGGGCCCAGGACGCCAGCUCAACGCUUCUAUCAAGGAGGGCCAGCACCAGGACCAGCACCGGCCAUGAACAAUGAUCCUUAUCGCUCACAAUCACUUGCCUCUACUCCUCGCCAGCCAAUGUACCAUCCUCCUCCAAGCGCGUAUCAGCAGGCACCUGCAAAUCACCUUCGACAGGCCCCGUACACGCAGCAGAACUCAUCAUCCAGGACGACUGCUCAAGGGCGAGUCGUGCCGGAACGUCACGAGGAUCGCACUAUGUCUUUAACUGGAAAUUAUCAGCCUCAGAGCAUGGAUGCCCAUCAGACUAUGAGUGGGCGAGUUAUACCUAACAGGCGAGCACCAGCAGAGCUACCAAACCCUAAUGGCUAUCCCAAUUCAAUGCCUCACGCCCCAGGAUCACAAACCCGAACAUCAAGCAUGGUUUCUUCCAAUGGUGGCGGCGAUCAUGGUAGGACCAUGUCGAUGGCCUCUACCAUAGCACCAACCAUCACCCCUUCAGAGUCAGAUGCUUCCACUUUGGCUCAACGACCUACCAGGAGCAAGUCGAUUGAGAGCGAACGACCCCCCACUGCGACCAAGAUCCGACCCCCCCUCGUGUAUCCGGCUCUCCUCUCUCGAGUAGGAGAAUGCUUUCGCAAAAAGAUUAUCGUUGGCGAUCGCACCAAGAACGAAUUGACCUACAAGAAUGCCUUCAGCGGAUCAGAGGCAGUAGAUGUUCUAUCAUACAUUAUCAGGACUACCGACCGUAACCUGGCCUUGCUUCUUGGACGAGCUCUAGAUGCACAAAAGUACUUUCAUGAUGUCACUUACGAGCAUCGUCUACGAGACUCCCAAUCGGAAAUGUACCAGUUUAGGGAGACAUUAAUGGAUGAGCCAGAAGACAAGCCUGCGGUGAACGGUGUCUUUGUCCUCCUCUCUGAAUGUUACUCUCCCACUUGUACCAGGGACCAGCUCUGUUAUUCCAUCGCCUGUCCUCGACGCCUGGAGCAAGUUUCCAGGCUUAAUCUGAAGAUCAACCCUGGUUUGCGGAAAGAGGAUGCUGUUAAUGCUGUCGACGACGAAGUCGAUCAGACUGACGAACAAAAGCUUUGGAUCAACUCAGUUCCCAAGGAAGUUGCCGAAAAGGUUGGAGACAAAGAGAAAAAGAGGCAAGAGGUCAUUUCGGAAAUCUGCUAUACCGAACGAGACUUUGUCAAGGAUCUGGAAUAUCUCCGAGACUUUUGGAUUUUGCCUUUGCGAUCAAAGGCUUCACCAGUGCCUGUUCAGCGUCGUGAAAAGGUGGUCAAGACAAUCUUCAGCAACAUUAUCGACCACCCUAGCAUUCAUACCGUCAGCUCCCGAUUUGCCUCUGGCUUAACGACUCGGCAACAGAAGGAGCCCAUUGUACACAACAUUGGUGACAUUUUCCUGGAAUACGUUCCUCAAUUCGAGCCCUUCAUCUUGUACGGUUCAAAACAGUUGGAAGGAAAGUUCGAGUUUGAGAACGAACGAUCCGUGAACCCUUAUUUCGGCAAGUUUGUGGAUGAGAUCGAAAGGCGUAAAGAAUCGAGAAAACUGGAGUUGAACGGUUAUCUGACCAAGCCAACGACUCGUCUGGCUCGUUAUCCCUUGCUACUUGAGAACGUAUUGAAGUAUACAGAAGAUGAUAACCCCGAUAAGGAGGACAUUCCCAAGGUCCUGGUCAUGAUCCGAGACAUUCUGGGCAGAGUCAACGCAGAGUCUGGAAAGGCUGAAAAUCGAUUUAACCUCCGAAGACUCCACGAGCAGCUUCGAUUCAGGCCUAACGAAAAGGUAGACCUUCGCCUUACUGAAGAGGGCCGCGAGAUGGUCUUCAAGUGCCAGUUUAAGAAGACAGCCACCGAUCCUCCCGAGAUUACAGCUUUCCUCUUUGAUCACGCGGUUCUUUUGGUUCGUAUCAAGCAAACAGGCAAGGCCGAGGAGAUUAAGGCAUACCGUCGACCCAUUCCUUUGGAACUUCUUGCAAUUAAGGAAAUGGAUGAAGUUAUUUCAAAGGAUGGCGUGAAGCGAGCGUCUUCAAGUCUGAUUCCCUCGAUGCGUAACAAUACCAACGACCCAGCGAGAAAGGAAGGGUGGCCAAUCACAUUCCGCCAUCUCGGAAAAGCUGGUUAUGAACUGACGCUUUUUGCAUCGAACCAGGCGACACGCCAGAAGUGGCUUGAAUUCAUUCACACCGCACAGGAGCGUCUUCGUUCUCGAGCCGACUUCUUCAACACGACGGUUAUAUCAAGCCAUUUCUUUGCUGGCACUAACCGAGUUAACUAUGGCGGCCGUAAACUCCUGUACGGCACAGACAGCGGCGUUUACCUCUCUGAUCGUAAGGUGAAGGAUCAGGUACCACGCCGCGUGUUGGAAACUGCCAGUGUCACUCAGAUUGACAUCCUGGAGGAGUACCAACUUCUCUUGGUCUUAUCCAAUAAGACGCUGCAGUCCUAUCCUGUUUCGGCUCUUAAUCCCGACGAGCCCGCAUUGUCUAGGAGGCCUAAGAAGAUCCAGAGCCAUUGCAGUUUCUUUAAGACGGGAAUUUGCUUGGGUAGACAUCUGGUCUGCUGUGUCAAAUCAUCUGCCCUAUCUACUACGAUCAAGGUGUUUGAGCCUAACGACGCCAUGACCAAGGCCAAGAAACAGAAGGGUAUAGGCAAGUUUAUGAGCGGCGGACACGAUGAACUUAAGCCGUUCAAGGAAUUCUACAUUCCCACCGAGUCGUCGUCCGUUCACUUCCUUAAGUCCAAACUUUGCGUUGCCUGCGCUCGAGGCUUUGAGGUUGUUUCCCUCGAGACUCUUGAGACACAAUCGCUACUUGACCAGGCCGACACCUCGCUCGACUUUGUGGCUCGCAAAGAAGGAGUUAAGCCGAUCCAUAUUGAACGACUUAAUGGGGAGUUCUUGCUUAACUACUCAGAAUUCUCCUUCUUUGUUAAUCGCAACGGAUGGAGGGCUCGACCGGAAUGGCGAAUUGACUGGGAGGGUACACCACAGAGCUUCGCGCUCAGCUACCCCUGGAUUCUUGCGUUCGAAGCGAACUUUAUUGAGCUCCGUAAUAUGGAGAACGGGGCUGUGCACAUUGUUCCUCGCAAGAACAUUCGUAUGCUGCAUAGUAGUACACACGAGAUUUUGUUUGCACACGAAGACGACAAGGGAGAUGACAUUGUCGAAGCCAUUGAUUUUUGGAAGAGCAACCGCAAGUCAGAACUGCUUGGUUCAUAA